AUGACGUACGAGCCUGUUGAGUCCAGACAGAGUUCCCCGGAUCACGGCCGUUGGCAAUGUGGGCCAUUUCUUGAACGAGUCCGCCGUUCGAAAGAAUGUCCCACUUCACGCCGUACAAGAUUAAAAAAAGUCAUUACCUCACUUCUCGAAUUCUCGUCCCUCAGAAAGUCGAACACUCUCUUAGGUGGGACGGGCAGCCAGAACGAAGUUGCGGCACUUAGUACAAUCCCGGGCGGCCGGCCUGGAUCAUCCAUGCUUUUUCUAGUCAUGACACGAACAUCGUCUGCCCCACUUCCCGAGAGCGUUGUCCACGUGUGGGCAGUCGAGGCCCCGACUCCCACGUUCGCAUUGUCGAUCGAGGGUGGCAACCCAACGGCGGGCCCCGAAGGCAAGGCCCGAAUUGACGAGUGCCUUGUAAAUGGUGUGCACGGCCCGAUCGUCUAUUUCGACAUGCUCGACCCAUGUUACCUAGCCAACAACAUACCAUUCGGAAGCUCUUGGAUGAGACAACCGGAUGGCCGACGGCGACACCUGGCGAUCGAGGUUGGUCUUAGGUUGUCCAAUGAGACAUCGACAACUGCCCAAAUAUUCAAUGAGUAUCAAAUUACCUCUUCUCUUAAUCGAGCAUUUUCGAUUCGGAGGUGUUGCUCGUCAAAUGACAUCUCACCUAUGGCAGCUGGGCCUCCACAGUUGGGACAAGUAGCAUUGCUUAAAGCUUCUUUAUAG